GUCCACCUUCUGGAAGCUGCACUCAGUCACCAAAAACACUCUCUUCUGGCCUGACACCUAUCGCCCUCCCAUUGGCAGGCUUGCAGGGCCCAAUCAAAACCCUCUCGCAGCUCUCAAUCACGUGGGCCCCGAAACAUCACAACGCCACGUAUCGGCUCCCAGCCAAUCCCCUCUGUCCUACCUUCGCUGUUGCUGUACCUGUUGACACACGUGUCUUUUUCCCACACGUGUCUCCUCCCACGUCGCUCUUAUAAAUCCCAUAUGCCCUCGCCACCUCCAUUGCUGAGCUAUCAGCUUUGAGUGCGAGACUAAACAACUCUGCCCAAAAAAAAAACUUGGGUUUUGAAGAGAGAGAGAGAGAUGGAUGGGAGAGGAGGGUGUUGUAUAGCGAGGUACGGAGGAGAAUAUGAUAUGUCGCAGGUGGAUAGGAUAAUGUUGAGGUUCAGACCGAUUGCUCCGAAGCCGGUCAACGGAGGAGGAUUGGCUUCCGGUGGGUCAACGCCGGAAAACGGUGACGUUUACGUUAAGAGUGGUAGGGGGAGGCGGAAGGGGAGGGGGAGGGGGAAGAGAGUUCGGAGGUGUGUGAAGCAGGGUUGCAAUAAUAAUAAUAAUAAUAAGAUCAGUAAGAGAAGGAGAUCGUCGAAGGGUUUGGGUGAGGAAAAGACGGUUGUGACCCUGCCUCUGUUGCCGGAGACCCCUGAGCCAAAAGGCUCCGAGAGAGAAAGGAAGCCAAAAGGCUCCGAGAGAGAAAGGAAGGCGAGUAGUUACUCGGCCACGUGGCUGAGUUUUGAGAGUUUCGAGAGUAAUAGUAGUUGUAUUUCUUCUACGACAUGUCGUAGGAGUAAGGUGGUGGGGGAGGAGAUGAGUACGAUGAAUAAUAUGCAGCAGCGGAGGCCGGUGAGGGUGGUGGGGUCGUGCGUGACGGUGGACUGUGUGACGGACACGUGGGUGGACGGAGAUGGACUAGGGCGUACGGACGGGGAGAGGAGGAUGAAUCUGGAGAGGGACACGUGUCCGGGGUUUGUAUCGGACGGUUCGGGGAGGGUGGUGUGGACUAAUGGGGCGUACAGGAGCAUGGUGGGGGAACAGGAGGAAAGGGAGACGAUGGUGUGGCUGGUGACGAAGGAGAGGGCGGCGAAGGCGGUGGGUGUGAUGAGUAAUUACGACACGGCAGCAUUCUCGUGCAGGGUGAGGGUGCAGUACAACGGGUGCGGUGGGUCGUCGUCGGCAGGGGAUUGGAGCUCGUUGACGCUCCCGUGUGACGUGUGGAGGAUGGAGAGUGGUGGGUUUGCGUGGAGGCUGGAUGUGAAGGCUGCUCUUUGCUUGGGUCGGUAAACCGACAGGGUAAAAAGCUAGCUAGAGACGACAAGUUCAUAACAAACAACUGAUGAGGAGUUGCUUUGCGUUUUAUUAGCAGUAAGCUUAAAUGAAUGACCGUAAUUAACAAGUGUGAAUAUUUUCGGGCAAUGUUUAAUACUUUCUUAUGUUCAAAUGUCCUGUACUUUUUAUUUUGGGUGCAAUCAAGAACAUUUUUUUCUUUGAA